GAGUGCAGAGUUACUUGUUCCAUUUGACAUAGAAAUAACUUCAACUGUUAGAAAUAAUUGGAUCAGUUGAUCAUAACUGUUUCCCUUCACAAGGAGAGAGUAAGAGAGAGCGGGUUUGAUUUCAAGAUAUCAGAAGCAGGGAUGAGUGUUGAUGUUUCUUGGAGAAUUAUCCUUUGUGCUCUCCUUGUUUUACUGUUUGCUGAAGACAGUAGUGCAAGAGAGAUAACUCGCAUAAGUUGGAAAGAAGUGGAUGAUGAUACUAAUGGUCAGCAACACAACCCAGAAAUACCUGAUUUGCAGCGACUUUCCAAGGAUAAUCAUCUGCCAAUCAAGCAUAAUAUUGACGAUGAUCAUCAAAAGCAUGCGCAUGCUCAUCUAUCAUCACAUAUGGAUCACAUGGACCCUUCAGAUAAGAUUUUCUUCACCUUAAAAGAUCUAAAAGUUGGUAACGCAAUUCCAAUUUACUUCUCCCAUAGAGAUCCUUCAACUUCUCCUCGUCUGAUAUCUAGAGAAGAAGCCAAUUCAAUUCCUUUCUCUUUAGCAAAAUUACCUUACCUUCUUGAAUUUUUCUCCGUGUCUAAAGAAUCUCCUCAAGCCAAAGCCAUGGAAUAUACACUAACACAAUGUGAAGUUGAACCCAUGGAAGGAGAGACCAAGUUAUGUGCUACUUCCUUAGAAUCCAUGCUUGAUUUUGCACAGGCCACCUUUGGAAUGGAUACCCAGGUAAAAGCUUUAACUACUAGACACCUUAGAAAGUCAGGUGCACCUUUACAAAACUACACCCUUUUGGAAGAGCCCAAAGAGAUCUUGGCACCAAAAAUGAUAGGAUGUCAUACCAUGCCUUACCCUUAUGUAGUUUACUAUUGCCAUAGCCAAGACGGUGGGAACAGGCUAUUUGAGAUUUCACUUGGUGGCGAGCAUGGAGAUAGAGUCCAAGCUACUGGUGUUUGCCACAUGGACACCUCAAAAUGGGAUCCUGACAACCCAUCAUUUCGUGUGCUGAAGAUAAAGCCUGGAACUUCCCCCGUGUGCCAUAUUUUUCCAGCAGAUAACAUAGUUUGGGUGCCUUUGAUUUCGUAAAUUCAGUAGUAACAUCUAUUGAAGUGAUUGUAACUAAUAAGUCCUGAUACGUAAAUCUUGUGUUAUGUCUCGUAAAUUCAGUAGUAACAUCUAUUGAAGUGAUUGUAAAUAAUAAGUCCUGAUACUUAAAUCUUGUGUGAUGUCAUAUGCUUGUCUCUAAAAGAGUCCUUGUGGAUGUAAGCAUGCACACCAAUGUUCCUUGCUACAAAGACUAGUAAAUAACAUCAGGGAUUCUAUAAAAGGGAACGUUUUGGAA